CGAAAACGUCACCGUAUUUUGGUCUACGCAGCUGACGAUGUAAACAAGAAAAGACAGUCUAGCAGGCCGGUGACACCUCCACUUUAAAGCAGUCUGCGCCUCGGCAUCGACCAACAUGGGCCUGCCUGUCAUCAUUAAAGUGAAUUUUCGUGGGAAUGUGAAGAGAUUCCUGGCGGGCGAGCUGGACAAGCUGGAGUGGAGCUCGGUGGAAACCUGGAUUAAAGCCUCAUUCGGAAUAAACCACUUUCAAGUGAAGUACUUUGAUGAAGACAGUGAAGAGAUUUGCAUUAACAGUCAAGAUGAGUAUGAAGAAGCCAUCAAGAGCGCAGAGAAGCAAGGCAGCCUCCUCAAGAUGAACGUGUAUAAGAUGAAAGGUCAAGCCUGCGGAGGCCCGCUCAAGACGGAGGUCAAGGAGCUGAAGGGGGACCUGCGACCCGCACCGCCGUAUCCGUCAAGGGUCAAGACGGUGGACAAGGGCACGCAGGUCACUCCAGAGCGAGAAGCUGUGACUGUGAAGGACAGCAAGGGGACCAAAGCAGACGACGAGCCUCCUCCCAUGUGGUUUAGAUCAUACAUGGAGAAGUUCAAAGACGAGGUUGUUAAAGAGGUAGUGGAAAGGAUGUGCAGUGACUUCUCUGGCCAGUGUUGCACACACAAGUCUCCCACUGCGCCCCCUGAGCCCAGUGGAGCCAGCUGUGCUCCCAUGGGGCCCAGGCCUGGGCCCCCCACCACCACGGUGGGACCCAAACCAGGCCCCUCCACCUCCAGUGGAUCUCUAGGUUACACCCCAAACUGCAGCAGCUGCAACAAGCUCACCUCUGAAGGAGCCUACAAGUGCAGCGUUUGCCCAUCCUGCAUCCUUUGCGAGAUGUGCCGACACAGCCAUGACCCCAGCCACAACCUCGUGAGAACCAAGACACCUCUCUCCAUCCCGGAACACGGAAUGUCGGGAGAACUGAGGUUCCUACGGCGAGGAGACAGGACGGUGCGCAAGGCCGAGCGCCAGCGCCUCAAAGCAGAAAGGAGGCAGCUGAGAGCCGAAGUGAAGGAAAUCAAGAAGAAACUGAGACUGGAGAAGAGGGGCCUGCAAUGGAGCGGGCCCUCUACCUCAGGCCGAGCCGUCCUGGCUAACACGGCCUCCGCCUCCACCCAGGCCCCUGCCCUGCCCCCGCCCGUCGCCUCAGACACAGCCUCAGGUCCCGUCCCCGCCCCCGGCCCGGCCCCGGCCCCGGCCCCCGACCCGCAGGCCUCCAGUCCAGAGGGUCCCGGGGCCGCGCACUCGUCCUUGCUGCCCACUAUGGCCGCCUUGUUUCUGGAUGAAAAUCUGCCUGACGGCACCCGUCUGGAGCCCGGAACCAUUUUCAUCAAAUACUGGAAGAUGAGGAACUCGGGGACUAUCAGCUGGACCCCAGAGACCAAGCUGGUGUUAGUUUGGGGGAACCUCAGCCUGGCGUCGCAGGAGAAAAGGGCAGUGCCGGUGCCUCUGCUGCCGCCUGGGAAAGUGGGCAUGGUCAGCGUGACCUUGGUGGCCCCCAUGAUGGAGGGCACAUACAGCUCCCAUUGGCGCCUGGCGCACUGCGGCCAGCAGUUCGGCCCGCGCGUGUGGUGCAGCGUCGUGGUGGAACGCGGCAGCGCCAUCAACGCUCGGAUGCGGCUGAGGAAACAGCUGCAGUCAGGAGCGAAGGUGUCCAAGGAUUGUUUGGACAGCCACGAGGGCCCCUUCCCGCCGUAUAUGGACCUGCUGACUGCACAGGAUCUUCUGUCCUUCGAGUUAAUGGAUAUAAACAUUGUGCAGGAGCUGGAGAAGGUGCCAACCAACACCCCCGUGGAUUUGACACCCUGCAUUUCCCCGCUGCCCCCCGAUGAACCAGAGAAUGCCGCCAAAGACGACACAGAGGUCACAGGUGUCCGAAAACUUUUUGGAGGGAAACCAAAGAUCCAGAGGGAGCACCCGUGGGAGUCUGCCACCCCGGAGGAGGAGCGUGAGGAGGAGAUCAGUGGCGCUCAGUUCCUGUGUGAGACGGUCAUCCGCUCCCUCACCUUGGAGGAGGCGCCCGACCACAGGCCCCUGCGCAGGAGCCAGUUGCACUGUAGCCGCCUGCCACAAGUUGUUUCUCGGGGCCCCGCCUUUGAGAGGACGGCGGCGUCUGAGAAGAGCGAGGGAGAAGGAAAUGAAAUUUGCGGCCUCGCGGGUGCCAGUGUAGCUCUGCCACCCAUCUUGUGCCUCGCCCAGGAAGAAGAGACGAGGACAGCCCCCCCCGCUAGCUCGCGUCACACUGACGACGACGAUGACGAUGAUGAUGAUGAGGAUGAAACCGUGAAGGGCAGUAAAGAUGAGAAGGUGGAAGACUGGGAUGAGGUCAGCAGCCAGACCUCUUCCUCGUCCUCCUGCGAUGACUUCAUCAUCGUCCUCCCCGACUGCUUUGACAUCAGCCGUCCACUGGGGGAGUCCAUGUACAGCUCUGCCUUGUCACAGCCCGACGCCGUCGUCACGGCGACCCUGGCUAGCCCGGAGUUGCUGCAGGAGGAGGACUACACCUCUGAUGUGGGUGAGGCAUCGCCACCCGGAGAAGAGGAGCAGCAGACGGAGGGUGUUGAUGAAAUCGACCCGGCCGGCGGCGGCACUCUGGCCACGCCCCCCCUCACCAUCCACAGCAGCGUCAACCAGAUGUUGUGCGCCUCUCAGACUCUGGACGCCGCCACGCUCACCCCAGAAGUGGUGCCCCCGCCGCCCGCCCUCUACUCACCCAGAUCCGAGGCGCUGUACUUGGCAGAAGACGCCUGUCAUGAAGCGGACGAGUCGCACACGCCCAGGGUCCACGCUAACAUUUCAUCAGGUCUGUCCAGAUCUGCAGGCUCAGCCUCGAGUGCCUUUGAGACGUACAACCCCAGACCGAGCAACGCACUGCAGCCCAGGGGCCAAGGGGGCAUCACCGAGGGACUGGUAAAGGGGGCUCUUUCAGUGGCGGCGUCCGCUUACAAGGCUCUGUUCACCGCGCCCAACUGUCCCGUACAGCGAGGCAUCGACCCGGCCACCCGCCAGGACCCGUCUCUCAUGGCCAUGCUGCUGGAGAUGGGCUUCAGGGACCAGCGGCUCAACCAGCGGCUGCUGAGGAAGCACAGCUACAACCUGCUGCACACCGUCAACGAGCUGGUGCAGAUGGCCGAGGACACGCCGCCCAACCGGGCCGUGGAGGCUCGGCACUGACGGGGAGGGGAUUUUUUUGUCCCGAAGUAUUUCAUGUGGUCGCUCAAGCUGUGUAGCUUUAUUUAGAAGUAGGCCACUCAUGAUUUUUAAGUCUCCAUUCGGACCAAGCGUGACUUGCUUUAUUCUUAGGUGGGGCGUGGCUAGCUGACGAAAUCAGAAGUGCUGAAUGUUGUGGGGUCACAAUUGUUUUAGGGGGCGUGAAUAUUCCGCGUGCAACCUUUCUUCAUUUCUUGUAGUCCACUUUUGCCUAAACAAUGCAAUCUCUUUUGUAUCCGAGUACUGUUCUCUCUCUCAUUAGACGUUGACGUGUGGAAUGUAUACAAAAAAUCUGUAUAUCACCGACAGGCGUGCGCGCUUUCACCAAAACUAGCGAUGGUCAUUUAGCACUCGUAGAACCUGAGACGUCUCCAGAACAACACAUUCCUCAAUCUCCAGUAGUACCGUGAGUCUUUCUUAUUCCUACAUUGCCUUUUCAUGAAGUAUCAUUAUUCCAGUUGCUUGUCUGCUGUGUGUCUUAGAGAAGAUUGCUAUUCUUUCAUGCGUGCAAGCGAGAGUGGCGUUCCGUUUGAGCGCUAUUUUCUCCCGUCGAGUGUUGUCCGUUGUUGUGCUCAAUCUCAAGAUGGAUGCUUUGGAAAAUAAAUGCUUGUCAUUUCUUCGGCAACCACAUUCACCACCCUUCUGCUGUAGAUCUGAAAAAUAAACAAUUUGCACAUUG